UCUUACAAUAAAAAAUUUUUGUUUUGUAAGGCACAAUUUUGAAGUGUGAAGUGGACCUAACCUAACAUGUCUAACUUCCUGUCUUUUCCUUACGGAAUACUCCUUGUGGCAUCACGACGUUGACACGUAAUUCAACCACAACGUUAAAAUGUCAGGAGAUAUAGAAGCGUUAGCCCUCAAAGAGGAUGACGUUACCAAGAUGUUGGCAGCAAGUACUCACAUUGGUAGCGAAAAUGUCAACUUCCAAAUGGAACAGUACGUUUACAAGCGUCGUGUCGAUGGCACUGGCGUAAACAUAAUCAACCUAAGAAGAACAUGGGAGAAGCUCUUGCUCGCUGCACGAGCAAUCGUUGCCAUCGAACAUGCCAGCGAAGUUUUCGUCAUCAGUGGCCGGCCCUAUGGACAAAGAGCAGUCCUUAAAUUCGCCAACCACACCGGCGCAACACCAAUUGCUGGCCGUUUCACUCCUGGUGCCUUUACCAAUCAGAUCCAGGCUGCCUUCAGGGAACCACGUCUCUUGAUUGUUACCGACCCAGCAACAGAUCAUCAGCCAAUCACUGAAGCAAGUUACGUUAACAUUCCCGUUAUCGCUUUCUGCAACACAGACUCGCCUCUGCGAUUCGUUGACAUUGCAAUUCCAUGCAACAACAAGAGUACACACAGCAUUGGUCUUUUGUGGUGGCUUUUGGCUCGUGAAGUUCUCCGACUUCGCGGAUCCAUUCCCCGUGAGACCAAGUGGGAUGUUGUCGUUGAUCUCUUCUUCUACAGAGACCCGGAAGAGGCUGAGAAGGAAGAACAAGCGGCCAAGGAACUUCCAGCUCCACCACCAAAGGAAUUCGCAGCUGCGGAGCCCUCAACGACUACUGAUGGUUGGGGCAAUGACGCAGACACAAAUGUGAAUGUCACCGAGAACUGGGCUGACGAUGGUGCCCCAGUUGCACCAGCCGUUGUUCCAGCAGCCGGUGCUCCAACUGCCUUCGCUCCGAGUGGCGACUGGGCCUCCCAGGUUCCUGGACAAGAAGACUGGGCGCCAGCUCCACAGGCUGCAGCUCCAGUUACCAGCUGGGGUGGAGGUACCACUGAUAAGUGGUAAAACACAUUCUCUAUGGGGCUUAAACUUCUCUUAAAAUAAGGUGUGACCUUGUACAGGGAUUUUAAUAAAACGUGAAACCUCA